GCUGGAGACCACUCAGAAGACGGAGUGUUGAGUGGGCGAGGCUCCCGCAUCUCUCACGCUCCUGCUUCCUUGCAGUCACCAAGGUGGACCCGGAGCUGCCUCCUGAGCCCUCAGUCCCCGGCCUUGAGGGCUGGCAACAAGAGCCUGCCCGAGAGGCUCCAGCAGGAGGCGCUCUCUCCCCACCCCAACCCGCACACACAAAAUUGGGAAGCCUGGGCCUGGGCUUGCCAUCCCAGGGUCACUGGACUAGGAUGGGGGAUGGGCCUGUGACAGGAGGUGCCCUGGGUGUCCUCUUUCGGCCCCAUGGAGUCCUCCCCCAUCCCCCCGUCAUCAGGGAACUCUUCCAUUCUGGGGAGGGUCCCUCAAACCCCAGGUCCCUCUACUGCCAGUGGGGUCCCGGAGGUAGGGCUGCGGGACGUGGCUUCAGAAUCUGUGGCCCUCUUCUUCAUGCUCCUGCUGGACUUGACCGCUGUGGCUGGCAAUGCUGCUGUGAUGGCUGUUAUCGCCAAGACACCCGCCCUUCGAAAAUUUGUCUUUGUCUUCCACCUCUGCCUGGUGGACCUGCUGGCUGCCCUGACCCUCAUGCCCCUGGCCAUGCUCUCCAGCUCCGCCCUCUUUGACCAUGACCUCUUUGGGGAGGUUGCCUGCCGCCUCUACUUGUUCCUGAGCGUAUGCUUUGUUAGCCUGGCCAUUCUCUCGGUGUCGGCCAUCAACGUGGAGCGCUACUAUUAUGUGGUCCACCCCAUGCGCUACGAGGUGCGCAUGACGCUGCGGCUGGUGGCCUCUGUUCUGGUGGGUGUGUGGGUAAAGGCCUUGGCCAUGGCUUCUGUGCCAGUGUUGGGAAGGGUCUCCCUGGAGGAGGGAGCUCCCAGUGUUCCCCCAGGCUGCUCACUCCAAUGGAGCCACGGUGCCUACUGCCAGCUUUUUGUGGUGGUCUUUGCUGUCCUUUACUUCUUGUUGCCCCUGCUCCUCAUCCUAGUGGUCUACUGCAGCAUGUUCCGAGUAGCCCGAGUGGCUGCCAUGCAGCACGGACCGCUGCCCACGUGGAUGGAGACCCCCCGGCAACGCUCCGAGUCUCUCAGCAGCCGCUCCACCAUGGUCACCAGCUCGGGGGCCCCCCAGACCACCCCGCACCGGACGUUUGGGGGAGGGAAGGCAGCAGUGGUCCUCCUGGCUGUAGGGGGACAGUUCCUGCUCUGUUGGUUGCCCUACUUUUCUUUUCACCUUUACGUCGCCCUGAGUGCUCAGCCCAUUUUGACUGGGCAGGUGGAGAAUGUGGUGACCUGGAUUGGCUACUUCUGCUUCACUUCCAACCCUUUCUUCUAUGGAUGUCUCAAUCGGCAGAUCCGGGGGGAGCUCAGCAAGCAGUUUGUCUGCUUCUUCAAGCAGGCGCCGGAGGAGGAGCUGAGGCUGCCUAGCCGGGAGGGCUCCAUUGAGGAGAACUUCCUGCAGUUUCUUCAGGGCACUGGCUGUCCCACGGAGUCCUGGGUUUCCCGACCUGUACCCAGCCCCAAGCAGGAGCCACCUGCUGUUGACUUUCGAAUCCCAGGCCAGAUAGCUGAGGAGACCUCUGAGUUCCUGGAGCAACAACUCACCAGCGACAUCAUCAUGUCGGACAGCUACCUCCGUCCUGCCCCCUCACCACGACUGGAGUCCUGA